AUGGCCGCCAACAUGCCAAAUACCAGCCUAUCGGCUAAUGACGCACGCAUUCUCAACGCACUAUUCGACCCAGAGACCCUACCUUCAUCAGUAGCAAAGUCAAGAGACAACGCAUCAAUCGACAAAUCACUACCUCCAGAUCCCAGGAUAUCAGCCCCUGAACUUUCAGACCUCGAGAAGCGGCAAAACGACAUCAUCCGCAAUGUGUCCAGCAACUCGGACAAGACAACAAUAGACGACGCAAUCACGCAGCUAAACACGACACUAGCACUUUGGCCAAACUAUGCAAGCGCCCACGUCAACCGUGCCAUGCUACGGCGAAUGCGUAUGGAAGCGUCAUUAACAGAGGGCCAAACCAUUUUCUCCGCACCAACACACGAUAUCGAGGAUUUAUUCUACGAUCUCUCACGUGCAAUUCACCUCUCCUUACCCGCCUCGUCGCCUGCCGACCCAGUAUCUGAGUACGCAGCCCGCAUACUGCGCACAGCGUACUCGCACCGCGCGUACCUGUACCUCAAGGCUGUCGAGGCGGAGACGCUGCUUAACGGCCUGAGCAAAAGUGAGCUGGAAGAGCUGGCUAGCAAGGACUUUGCGCAAGCGGCGCGGUAUGGAGAUGAAGUUGCGCGCGAGAUGAGCGUGAGGACGAAUCCGUAUGCGAAGAUGUGCGGAGCGAUUGUUCGGAAUGCAUUGCAAGAGGAGAUGAAGAGCGAAGCGUAG